AUCCACCCUAACCAGGCAGAACCGGUCAGAACCAGCCAAUCCUCUUGCGUGCCAGCGCAUCAACGUCGACAGGCCCCGACAUCCCACCCGCCUUCCACACGUUUGGGCCUGUAGGAGACCCCCCCUCCCUUCCCGCAUGGAAUAUCGAUGAUCUUUGGAAUCCGCAAAUUCCGUUCGCUCCAGAGGCGUGUGCAGAGUAGGAGAACCCAGCCCGACAGGAGGCGCCCGAGAGUGAUGGGACGUCGGACGAGUCCGGCACCAUGGACCAUGGCAGUCUCCAGGAAGAGCCUGUUUCGCGCUCCGGCCCGCUCCUCGACCACCUCGACCUCGACCAUCGCCGCGGCCGUCGCGCCUACGAGCCAACGCCCCAUCCACCACCACAGCAGAACGAAUACGAAUACCUCGAUCACUCGGACGACCUAGGCGUACCGGCCAGUCCCUUCGCCGCAGCGAACCUGGCCGCUUUUUCCGCCAAUUCCCUCGCUGCCGCCCCCUCUCCGGAUUCCCACAACGAGUCUGGCGAUCCGGCCGAUUUUUACCGCAGCUACCAAGGCUCGCCGCAGACCGGGGAUGUCUCGCCGCCAGUGAAAGACCCCAUGGCCUCGGCCGUAUCCAGCAGCGCCCGCCCGGCGCCCUCAGUGCGAUCGAACGGAAAUGGGUCGACCCCGAAGCACCCAGCCGUCCCGGCGACCCACCGCAGCACCCUCCGAUCGGGCCAGCGCGCCGCCUCGAGCCCCCUCGACAGCCGGGCUGGGAAUUCGGGACUCGGAACGGGGAGGCCGUCAGGUUCGGCAGGGAGUGCGUACAACGCAGCCGGGACCGUUCCUCUGAGCGUGAAGGAUCUGAAGAAAAAAUUCGACCAGACGGCGUCUCAAACGUCUCAAUCAGCCUCCGCCGCCCGAAAAGCCGUUCCGAGAACAUCAGCCCGAGACACGGCUUCGUCCAGCGUCAGUGGGAGAUCGCCCGCUGCCGGAAGCGGUGCAACCUCAUCCGGUGCACCGAGGACCACCACAACGACUCGAGACGCCGGGCGCGACGCUACCAAAGGCUUGGGGGCUCGGAGUUCGCGCAUCCAGGCGCCGAGCAAUUCGCAGUCAUUUGCGAGCAGGAUAGCCAGGCCCCGCACCGCCAACUCUGCCAAUGCGUCGGCGUCCAAAUCCACCCCACAGCUCGCUCCGGGUGACUCGAGGUUAGCUCCGCCGCGCCACACCGGCCUCCUGUUUGGCGAGAUCCUCCCGGAGCAGAGCGACUCGGUUACUCCGGGCUUCGGCAUCGAAUCGGUCCGACCUAGGAGAACUUCAGAAUCCAGCAUUAAUCCUGUGCGUUCCCAAAUGAGGUCCCUGUCCGAUCUGGAUAUCGAGCCUCCGUCGCCGACCGACUGGUACCGCGGCGUACACUCGGGUGCGCAACGAGACGCGGACCAACAUGUGUCUAAGAUACCCACGAGUCACCAUUCCCGGGCGCACAGUGACGUUGCUGGGUCAAAACCAACAUGGAGCCGGCCGGGCCAUGCCCCGACAGCAAGAGACGACAUUGACCCCCCAAAACAUCCCACCUCUCCGGCGUCCCCGACCUCGCGUCUUCCCAGGCUCACGAGGAGAAUCAACAAUGCCUCGAGCCAUGGCAGUCCCGCAUCUACGCGCUCAAACUCGCCCUCCACCUUCAAGUACUCCACUGCCAACGGGAGAACAUCCCGACAACAUGUCUCAUCGGCGUCGGGCGCACGGACGCCGACGAGUAAUCCCGCCGCCCGAAGCAAGACGCCCACUCACACCCCAAGCUCGACUCGGAAGCCUGCACCCGCAAGCAUCUCAACGCAACAACCAAACAGCCGGCUUAAUGCCUACGUAUCCGUGCCCCCGCCGAAGCUUUCUCCCAGUCUCCGCAGUUCCCGUCCCCGCCAGUCUGUUGCCAAUGCGACCACCGCGGCGUCGAGAAUGCGAGCUGCCGAGAGAGGUGUCUCGCCUCUGAGACAAUCACGGUCCGCUCCGAAGGCGGAAGAAGCGACCCCUCGGAGGCGCAAGGUGUCCGUCGGCGCGAUAGACUUUGCCCAGCGGCGAGAGACGAUCAAGCUCGCCUAUAGCAAGUCCAUUCGAGAGAGCCAGGCAAGGGAAGCGAGGCAGGCGGCAGCAGAGCGGAGGAAGAAGGAGUUAGCUGCCGUAGCCCGCGCAAAGGCCGAAGCGGAGGCGGCCACGGCAGCCGCCGUUGCCAAUGCCGCCGCCGCCGCUUCUAUGGCGCCGCCUCCGAAGAAACCCGGUGGCGGUAGCCGCCGGCCCUCGGCGACUGUGGCUGAGGAGAAGCCGGGGCCGGUGGCGGCGCAUGAGACUGCAGCAGAGCUCUCUAAGGAGGCAGCAGCAGAGCUCUCUAAGGAGGCAGCAGCAGAGCUCUCUAAGGAGGCAGCAGCAGAGCUCUCUAAGGAGACUGCAGCAGAGCUCUCUACGCCCAAACCCCCUGCGGAAGCGUCCCCUGCCCCUAUUGAAUCUCUCAAGUUGGAAAUACCAGGCAGCUUCCCGAAUGCCGAGUCUCCAGUGUUGGAUCAGAAUCAUGGUGAAAUCCCGCUCUCCGCCGUCUCGGCGACAAGCGCGGUCACCGAGUUCGAUACAGAAGUGCAGACAGAGCCUCCUAUGCAGGAGAACACGGCCACCGCUGACGACGCGCCGGGGCCUGUAGCACCAAGCUCGGCGCAAGCCACGCCUGAAUCGGAGGCGCCAGAGCAGGCCGCCCCUCCCAGUCUACAUAAGAGAGCGUCGUACCGAUCCCCGUUCGAUGAAGAUGACGAUGCGAACGACAGCGCUUCCAUCCGAAUCUCUCUUGACACGUCGGCCCCUCAACCGGAACCAUCUCCCGAGCUCACCCCAACCCGCACAACGUUCGAGCCCGCGCCCGGGCCCGAAUCGGCCGCCAUCCCUCCUCCGGCCGAAGAUGAUGAUGAUGAGUAUGUUCCCCGGCCGUACACCUUUUCAUCCGAGAACUACGGAACAACGGUCACCAUCCUGGGCCCGGAGAAUGAUUUCAAGCCGUUGCGCAAGGAGUCGUCUUGUGCCACCUUGCCCAGCCCUGCCUUGCCUCAGGCAGAUGAGCCUCCCACGCGCAGCGUUCCCGAAAUCAUUGCAUCUGGGGCUUCGCACCAGGAAGACACCAAAUUCGGGGAUCUGGACCGUCUCGAGGAAUUCUAUAUCGGAUCACGCCUGCGCGACGACGUUGCCGUCCUGCGGGACUCUGCAUUCGCCGGUUCGGACCCUACCACGCCUCUUGACGAUCAGCACUCCGUGGCAGAAAAUCAGGGGACGCCCGACCGUUCACAAAGCCUAGUCGUUCCUGAGCUGCUCCCCCCCGGAAACCGCUUAAGUCAGCAUUCUGCGUGGACCGACUACUCGUUUGCAAGCGAGGAGCGUGACGCUGGCCACCCGAGCUCCACGUCCACCCCUCAUGAAGUAGAUGCGCGCGAAGACGGAACUUCCUUCAGGCUCAUACCCUCCGCUGGUGAUCUUAGCACUUGUGCUUCGAGCCUGGGCGAUCUCACAGAGAGCCUGGCGGUAUCGCCGCUGGACAGCUCCGGCGCCCCUCCCUCCCCCAUGCUGCCCGACUUUUCGGGUAGCCACCAGCAUAUCUCCGCGUUCGCAACCGUGAACAACAACUUUACGGCUCACGACGAAUCCGAACCUGGAAGCAUAGCGCCGCUCCCAGACCGUGCCCCUCCUCUUCCUCCCCCGUCCGAGCGCGGAUACGAGCGGGAUAGCACUCUGUACCUUGCGCAAAGUCGGCCAGACAGUUACGCUUACAGCGAGGAUGGGAAAGGCGACCUAUCUGAAGCCGUUUCUGCACCACAAUCUGUUUCACACGCCCGGCUCGAUUCUGUGGAGCCAUCUCGUGUAUCCCUGAGUGAAACACUGUUUGAGAAGCAGGCGCCGCUGACGGAGGAAGAGCAAGAGGAGCAGAAACGACUCCGGCAGAGGCAACUUGUCAUUCGAGAGCUCAUAGACACGGAAGAUGCUUUCGUCAGAGACAUGACCGUGGUCGAGGAGAUCUACAAGGGCACUGCUGAGGCGUGCCCCAACCUGGACAGCAAGACGAUCAAGCUCAUCUUCAGGAACACGGAUGAAAUCAUUGCCUUCCACGCCGCCCUUCUCGCCGAAUUCAAGGAGGGGGCCUCAACAGUCUACACCCCCAAGGGGAGGAGAUCGCCUCUCCCCACCUCCGAUGCGAAGGACUCCGACUCGGUGACGCUGAACUCGGUCGUUUCCUCGAACAGGCCAGAACGGGACGACGAGAAAGACCGGCUCACCGCGCUUGGCGUGGUGUUCACCAAGAACAUCGAGCAACUGAAGGCGGUGCAUGAGGUGUAUCUGAGGUCCAGUGACCAAUCUUCCAAGCGCCUCGUCCAGAUCCAGGAGGACAAAACCGUCAUGCUCUGGCUGAACGAGUGCAAUGAAGUGGCGAAGGAGUUGACGACGGCCUGGAACCUGGAUUCGCUCCUCAUCAAACCCAUGCAGCGCAUCACCAAAUACCCCGACAUCAUCACGCACCUACUCAAGUACACUCCGGAGGAUCACCCGGACCGGGAACCACUCACCAAGGCGAGGACGGCGGUGAUCGAGGCAAUCGAUGAGAUCAACAGGACGAAGAAAAAUUACGAGCUGGUGGGCCAGAUCGUCAGCAACAGGAAGCGCAAAGAGACGGAUGUCCGAGCCGGGCUCGCGCGAGCCUUUGGCAAGCGUGUCGACAAACUUCAGGUGUCCGGAAGCAAGACGGCCGAGGACGAAGAGUACCAAAAGCUUCAGCAACAGUUCGGGGAUGAUUACCUCCGGCUCCAGGUCGUGCUGCGCGACGUGGAGUAUUAUGCCAGAAAUGUGGCAACCUACGUGCAUGAGUUCCUCCAGUAUCUCUCGUCGAUGGAGCUUGUCAUGCGGCUGCAGCCAUCCCGUGACUAUGCCCACCUGGAAAGCAAGUGGGUGCAAUUCAACGUGUCGAUGAGAGACAUGGAGAAGAUCGCGCUGGAGAAGCAUCUCGCCGAUGUCCGCAAACAUGUCAUUGAGCCGUUUGAGCAGGUCAUCCGGUGCUACGGGAACCCGUCGCUUGCCAUGAAGAAGCGAGCCAAGCGGCGUCUGGACUACGAACGGUACAUGGCGCUGAAAGCCAACGGCAAGAAGGUGGACAAGCAGCUUGCCGAGCUGGUCGAGCAGUACGAGGCGCUCAACGACACCCUCAAGAAGGAACUGCCCAAACUUUCGGCUAUGACGGCCAAGGUCGGCAACAUCUGUCUGGGCAAAUUCAUCAGCAUCCAAGCCGCUUGGUAUGCCAUCUGGAAGGAGAAGGUCAAGGCGCCGCUGCACGACGCUACUCAUGUACCCGAGCCAUCCGAGAUUGUGUCGAGCUUCCAGAGGGAGUUUGCGUUGCAGGAAGAGAGGGCGAUGGCACUCAGCAUCCUCAACCCCACGCUCAGGAGCCGCCCCUCCCAGUCCACCACCGACGAUGCGUCCUCCAUCCUCUCCAAGUCGCGGUCGCGGCCUAGCGACAUCCACUCGCCCCGUUCGAGGGGUCUGUCCAUCAACAGCGAUUACGUCCCUUCCCUGCCGACGCCCGACUUUGCUAAGCGCAACAGCGGGCAAUUCAGCCUCUCGCCGGCGAGUAGUGCCCUCCCGAGCCCAGCUAACUACUACCGGGAUUACUACUCCGGCAUCAACGGCAACGGCCGCGGCGGCUCCGGCUCUCCCAUCACGCCCGUUGACCUCAGCAGCGGCUCGCGGGGCCCGAUGGCCGGGGCACCACCCAUGCGUCCCAGCACGGGCCGCAGUUUCGACUCGACUAGCCUCCCUCGCCAGAGCUCGGACUCGGCCGCCGGCGGCGGCUUUGGUCCUCUUCCCGAGCAACAGCAGACGAGGCGUCUGUCGGGGCUCUUUAGCUCGGCGCUGCCGCUGCCCGACGGGCCCGAGGACAGCGUGCGCUCAUCGCGCGCCUCUUCGCGGGAGAGGGGAGGCGACGGCGGCCGUGGCACAUACAACGUCCUCUGGCUCGCGGCGUCGCUGUUUGAGUUCAAUAUCGAGACGACCAAGCAUGAGGCUGGGUACCCUUAUUUGACGUACCAAGCCGGGGAGAUCUUCGAUGUCAUCGCCGAAAAGGGCGAGCUGUGGCUGGCCAAAAAUCAGGACGAUCCGCACGACGUGGUCGGAUGGAUCUGGUCGAAACAUUUCGCCAAGCUGGCGGAUUCGUGAUUCUGUCAAUACUAAAGUUCGAGAGUGAGGCGGGGCUUUUCCUGAGUCGAUGGGAAUCACCCAUGGGGUGUUCAACGGCUUGUGUGCUCCCCCCGCGGGGCGCCGUCAUCCGCCUCCCGGGCUGG